AGAAGCUCUACGAUCUGUGAAAGCCGUCAAUGGCGGGAAACGACUGGAUAAACAGUUACCUAGAAGCGAUUCUUGACGUCGGGCCGCCGCUGGACGACGCCAAAUCGUCGUUGCUGUUGAGAGAAAGAGGCCGGUUCAGCCCCACCCGCUACUUCGUGGAAGAAGUCAUCACCGGCUUCGAUGAGACAGAUCUCCACCGCUCCUGGGUUCGAGCUUCAUCCAUUAGGAAUUCGCAGGAGAGGAAUACCAGAUUGGAGAACAUGUGUUGGAGGAUUUGGAAUUUGGCUCGCAAGAAGAAGCAGCUUGAAGCUGAGGAAGCUCAGCGCACAGCUAAACGGAGAGUUGAACGUGAAAAAGCUCGUAGAGAGGCUACUGCUGAUAUGUCAGACCUAUCAGAAGGAGAGAAAGAAGUUUCACCUCAUGGUGGUGGCACUAGAGGAAAAAUACCAAGAGUCAGUUCUGUUGAUGCAAUGGAGAACUGGGCUAGGAAACAAAAGGAAAAGAAACUCUACAUUGUGUUAAUAAGCCUCCAUGGCUUGAUACGUGGUGAAAACAUGGAACUUGGUCGUGAUUCAGAUACUGGCGGUCAGGUUAAGUACGUUGUAGAACUUGCGAGGGCCUUGGGUGCAAUGCCUGGAGUUUAUCGGGUUGAUUUACUGACGAGGCAAGUAUCAGCAUCAGAUGUAGAUUGGAGUUAUGGUGAACCAACAGAGAUGCUAAACCCAAUUAACUCUGAAGAUGACAUCCAAGAAACUGGAGAGAGCAGUGGUGCUUACAUAAUUCGUAUACCUUUCGGUCCAAAAGAUAAAUACAUUCCCAAAGAGCUUCUUUGGCCUUACAUCCCUGAAUUUGUAGAUGGUGCACUUACCCACAUUAUACAGAUGUCUAAAGUUCUUGGUGAACAAAUUGGUGGUGGGGAACCAGUCUGGCCUACUGCAAUCCAUGGGCAUUACGCAGAUGCAGGUAAUUCUGCUGCUCUCCUGUCUGGAGCUUUAAAUGUGCCAAUGCUUUUCACUGGCCACUCACUUGGUCGAGACAAGCUCGAACAACUUCUUAAGCAAGGACGACAGUCAAGAGAUGAAAUAAAUGAUACAUACAAAAUAAUGCGGCGCAUAGAGGCUGAAGAAAUAUCUCUUGAUGCUUCUGAAGUAGUUAUUACUAGUACUAGACAAGAAAUAGAAGAGCAAUGGCGUCUGUACGAUGGAUUUGAUGUUGUAUUAGAGCGAAAACUAAGAGCAAGGCUUAAACGCAAGGUCAGCUGUUAUGGAAGGUCUAUGCCUCGCAUGGUUGUUAUUCCUCCUGGAAUGGAGUUUCAUCACAUUGUUCCACAUGAUGCUGAUAUGGAUGGGGAAGCAGAAGAAAAUGAAGAUAAUUUAGCAACUCUAGAUCCACCUAUUUGGUCUGAGAUAAUGCGUUUCUUUACUAAUCCACGCAAACCAAUGAUACUUGCACUUGCCAGGCCAGAUCCAAAAAAGAAUAUAUUGACUUUAGUGAAAGCUUUUGGAGAAUGCAAGCUAUUGAGAGAACUUGCUAACCUUACAUUGAUAAUGGGAAACCGUGAUGCUAUUGAUGAAAUGUCCAGCACAAAUGCAUCUGUUCUUCUUUCAAUACUAAAAAUGAUUGACAAGUAUGAUCUGUAUGGUCAUGUGGCCUAUCCUAAACACCACAAGCAGUCUGAAGUUCCUGAUAUAUAUCGCCUUGCAGCAAAAACAAAGGGUGUCUUCAUCAAUGCAGCGUUCAUCGAGCCAUUUGGGCUCACUCUUAUAGAGGCAGCAGCUCAUGGUUUGCCUAUGGUCGCCACAAAAAAUGGAGGUCCAGUUGAUAUUCAUCGGGUUCUUGAUAAUGGUCUGUUAGUUGAUCCCCAUGAUCAGCAAUCUAUUGCUGAUGCUCUUCUGAAGCUCGUGGCAGAGAAGCAGCUUUGGGGAAGAUGUAGACAGAAAGGACUAAAAAAUAUUCAUCUUUUCUCAUGGCCAGAGCACUGUAAGACAUACUUGUCUCGAGUUGCCAGCUGCAAACCAAGGAAGCCACAAUGGCAAAAAAAUGAUAAUCGAUUUGAUAAGUCAGAACCAGAUUCACCCAGUGAUUCCUUGAGGGACAUCCAGGACCUAUCUCUGAACUUAAAGAUGUCCCUGGAUGGUGAAAAAAUGGAAGGGAGUGGCACAUUUUCUAGUGCUUUAAAUUACGUACGGAAUGCUUAUGAUGGAAAGAGCAGAUUAGAGAAUGCACAAAAUGCUGGCUCCCUAGAAAAAGCGGACCAUAAUUUCAGUAAAUCUGUAACAUUGAGGAGGAGGAAGUUUCUCGUUGUCAUUGCUGUGGAUUGUGAUAUGACUUCUGAUUAUCUUGAUAUCAUUAAAGUGAUUGUUGAGGCUGCAAGACCAGAAAAGGAUGCAGGGUCCAUAGGCUUAACAUUGUCAACAGCCUCAAGCAUAACUGACAUAUUAUCUCUUCUGGAAUCAGGUGGUCUAAGUCCAAUGGACUUUGAUGCUUUUAUAUGCAACAGUGGCAGUGAACUCUAUUAUCCAUCAUCAAUAUCUGAAGAUAGUCCUUCUGCACUUCCCAUUCUAUCAGACUCAGAUUAUAGCUCACACAUUGAUUACCGUUGGGGUGGAGAAGGUUUGAGGAAAACAUUGGUUCGCUGGGCUGCUUCGGUCAAUGAUAAAGAGGGAGUAAAGGGAGGACAAGUUGUUGUAGAAGAUAAAUUAGGAUCAACUAACCAUUGCUAUGCAUUCAAAAUUCAAAAUCCAGCAUUGGCUCCCCCUGUUAAGGAAGUUCAGAAAUUGAUGCGAAUUCAGGCUCUUCGAUGCCAUGUUAUUUAUUGUCAGAAUGGUACAAGGAUGCAUUUUAUCCCUGUGCUGGCUUCUCGAUCACAAGCUCUCAGGUACCUGUAUGUUCGAUGGAGCGUAGACUUGUCAAAGAUGGUUGUGCUCAUAGGAGAAAGCGGGGACACAGAUUAUGAAGGAUUGCUCGGUGGAGUUCACAAAACAGUGAUACUGAAGGGAGUGUGCAGUGGUGCACAUAAAUUAUAUGCCAACAGAAACUAUCCUCUUGAACAUGUUCUGCUCUCUGACAGCCCCAACCUUGUCGAGUCUGAAGGAUGCAACAGCAGCAAUAUCAGAGCAUCAUUGGAAAAGCUUGGGGUUCUAUAGGGCUAAGAAUUUACUUGUUCCUGCUAUUAUAUGGUCACGAGAGAUGCUGCGUCACAAUGGCAGCUAAAUAUGCCUUUGGCUUCAACUGUUUCUCUUCUAGUCUAAUAACUUGCCAAUAUCCCCUUGCACGAGUUUCUUUUACAUUUUCCAGGAAACUGGUUGCACUUCUGCAUAUGUAUCGCACGGUUAUUUUUACUGAUGCAGCAGAGGGAAGCCUACCAUUUCUCUGGUUUGAUAGAGAUGAGAGCUGGAAACAAUGGGGCUUGCUGGUGGGAAUGGUUUGGUUUGACAGCACAAAGGGAGGUUAGCUCUGCGUUGUCUCUGUAUUAGUUUCCUCUUUCUUCAGAUAAUGUGCAAGUGGAUGUUUGUUGAUGGGCCAGAAUGUGCUUGCUCUUUGCUUAUUCAUUCUUGCCUUUGGUGCUUCUUUUUUCCUCUCAAAAGUCAGAAGGGAUUUGGUUUGGCUCUUUAAUCCUUAUCAUUAAAUUGUAUUGGAAAUAAGAACUUAUUAAGUUCUGUCUGCGGUCCUUUAAAUUUCAAAAAAUAAAAGAAAGAAAAAGUAUUUUCGAAAUAUUAAAAAUUCCUCUUGAAAAUGCAAACUGCAGCAUUACGUAAAAUGCCAACCGGGGCGAUUGAGAACUUUACACUUACAAAAUUCACCAAACUGUAGAAAACGCUGAAUUGAAUUGAAUUGAAUUAAAAAAAAAAUCUAUUUCAUAGCAACAUUGUUUUCUCGGGAAAAUUAUUCCAAGAAUCAAUAAAUUCAGGUGCUUUCAAUUAUCCAUCCGUAGUCUCAGAAAAUGUUUCACAGAAUAAUUGAAUUAAAAAAAUCAAUUAGCUAGCCCUAGCCGAGUAGAAUCUCAUUAUUUACAACCGAACCCAACCCUACUCACAGACAACUA